AGGAAGACUUGGUGACUGAGGUCAAGGAGAAGUCUUCGAUGCCCUGACGUCGAAAAUCGUCGCCGGCGCUGUUUUCACACAAGCGUGUGAAUCGGCAGCUGCGAACACUCAGCCUGCCUUAUCUACAGAGGAAAGAUGGCGUCGGUCUGGGAUGAGGCGGAGGAUGGAAUUGGUGAGGAGGUGUUGAAGAUGUCCACAGAAGAGAUUGUGCAGCGCACACGUCUGCUGGACAGUGAGAUCAAGAUCAUGAAAAGUGAGGUGCUGAGAGUAACCCAUGAGCUACAAGCCAUGAAAGAUAAGAUCAAAGAGAACAGCGAGAAAAUCAAAGUGAAUAAAACUCUGCCAUACCUUGUUUCCAAUGUAAUAGAGCUGCUGGAUGUUGACCCCAAUGACCAGGAAGAAGAUGGAGCAAAUAUUGACCUUGAUUCUCAAAGAAAGGGCAAAUGUGCUGUGAUCAAAACCUCUACCCGUCAGACUUACUUUCUACCUGUGAUUGGGUUAGUUGAUGCUGAGAAGCUAAAACCUGGGGAUCUAGUGGGAGUGAACAAAGAUUCUUACCUGAUUCUGGAGACCUUGCCUACAGAGUACGACUCACGGGUGAAAGCCAUGGAGGUGGAUGAGAGGCCUACUGAACAGUACAGUGAUAUUGGAGGACUGGAUAAACAGAUCCAAGAGCUAGUAGAAGCCAUUGUCCUGCCAAUGAAUCAUAAAGAGAAAUUUGAAAACCUGGGUAUCCAGCCUCCUAAAGGGGUACUCAUGUAUGGACCCCCAGGAACAGGGAAGACCCUCUUAGCCAGAGCAUGUGCUGCACAGACAAAGGCUACAUUCUUGAAACUGGCUGGCCCACAGCUGGUGCAGAUGUUCAUUGGAGAUGGAGCCAAGUUGGUGCGUGACGCCUUUGCAUUAGCCAAGGAGAAAGCACCAUCCAUCAUAUUUAUUGACGAACUGGAUGCCAUUGGCACAAAAAGAUUUGACAGCGAGAAGGCUGGUGAUCGAGAAGUACAGAGGACCAUGUUGGAACUGCUGAACCAGCUUGAUGGAUUCCAACCCAACACACAAGUCAAGGUGAUUGCUGCAACCAACCGUGUGGAUAUCCUAGACCCUGCUCUACUCCGCUCAGGACGGCUGGAUCGCAAGAUUGAGUUCCCAAUGCCCAAUGAAGAGGCCAGAGCCAGGAUUAUGCAGAUCCAUUCACGCAAGAUGAAUGUCAGCCCUGAUGUGAAUUAUGAAGAGUUGGCUCGUUGCACAGAUGACUUCAAUGGUGCACAGUGCAAGGCUGUGUGUGUGGAAGCGGGGAUGAUUGCCUUGAGGCAUGGAGCCACGGAGCUCACUCAUGAAGACUACAUGGAAGGAAUCUUGGAAGUCCAAGCCAAGAAGAAAGCUAAUCUACAAUAUUAUGCUUGAUUAUUGCAUCAAAGCUGGGUAUUAAGGCCUUGGUGGAGAGACCAGGAUCAAAACAGUUGAAAUGGAACUGUCUUACUUUCUUUUACUUAAUGGAAUGGGAAGAAAAAAUAAUAAUAAAGGGUUCACCUUGCCUAAGGCAGCUGUUACAUGGCUCCAGGGUGAACAAAAAGAA